AUGGUCGAUUUACAAUUGAAAAAUUAUACUGGAACAGACAAUUCAAGCAGUAAAUUUGAAGAUUUUAGUCGGGAAAACCAAUCUGUCAAUCAAGUGUAUCAUAGUUCACGCAGACAUCAAAGAGGAGGCAGAGCUAAAUACGAAAGUAGGUCACGAACUGUCAGAGAUGAUUUGAGUAUUUUGGAUCGUGAUUCGGAAAUAAAACAAAAAGUGAAAGAUUAUGCAGAUAAACGUAGAAAUGUUCAAAUUUGUGAUAUUAAAAUUGGUGAUAAAGUGUUAGUAUUACAAAAACGUUUAAAUAAGUUAUCUACAAAGUUUGAAAAUGCUUUUUAUGUAGUUAUUGAGAAAUUUGGAUCUCAAGUUAUCGUGCAAAAUUGUGAAACUGGUGUUAAAUAUACUAGAAAUAUAAAUCAUGUGAGAAAAUAUCUUGAAGAGAAUGAUGAUUUAAAUUCUGAGGAAAAGGAGGAAAAUGUGAAAAGAAAUCAAAAUGUGAAUAGAGGUGAUGCGAUUCAUAAUCAAAAUGUUCCUUGUGAGAAUGCAAAUCGUGAAAAUAGAAACGUAGUUUGUGAAAGACAAAGUGGUUUUAAUCAGAUUCGAAACAGAAAUAGUCAAAAUAGGAAUAGUCAAAUUAGUCAAUAUGGAAACUCAAAACAGAGACAGUUAGGACAAUCCAAUCAACAAGAACUGUUUGCUAGAAAAAGAAUUGAUCAUAAAGGUGUUAUAAAUGAUUGCUCAAAAUUUGAAAAUGUUGUUGAUGAUAAUGUUCUUGAAAAUCCUUCAAAUGUCUUAACUGAUGAUAGUAAUGAUAUUGAUAAUCAGAAUAUUGAUAUACCUUUUGAUGAUAUUAGUACUAGUGAUAGCGAUACUGAAUUUUUGAAUGUUAAUAAGCAGGGCAAUAUUAGUAGAGGUAGACAAAAACGUAAGACAAGAUUACCAAAGUAUCUUAAUGAUUAUGAGCUCUAUUAA